CCCCUCCCCCAUUUUUUUUGUGCACAGUAGAGACAAGCUUCACAGUAGCUAGGCGUAUAUGCUAAACUAACAUACAGCUCCUUGAUUUGCCUAUCAUUAUGACUAUGAUAGCUCUAUCUCUGCUGGUUGUGUUAUUGGUGGCUGGUCUGGACCUGAGCUAUGCAGUGCAGUGCUCCCAGGAUUGUGUGUGCAUACCAAACGUCAGAUCACAAUGUGGGAACACGACCACAGUAAUUAAUUGGAGCUCUCUAUUGCAGUCAGGAAGUACAGCAGUUGUGGACGUAGUGCCUGGGUCUUUCAGUUAUGGGGGACACAUCACCUUGCUGGACCUGUCUGACAACCCCACUCUAACAGUCUACAAUGAAUCUUUCACUGGCCUCAUCAACUUAAUAACGCUUAAUCUGAGUGGGUGUGGUCUCAUCUCCCUGCCUGAUCAACUGUUUACAGCGACCAAUAAACUAGAACAUCUUGAUCUGAGUGAUAAUGCAUUGACCUUUGUGAACCCAGCCGCUUUUGAGGGACUCUCCACUUUGAGAACACUCCAUCUCUCAAAUAAUGCUCUGAAUUCUUUCCCUGACGAGCAGCUUCAACCGUUACUGGAGCAACUCACAACAUUAUAUCUCAGCAGCAACUUCAUCAAUUGCUCCGAUGGCACCACUCUCGACAUUCUACUAGAAGUGUCCAAUAUCAUUGCCGAGUUUAAUCUUCUCCGGUGCACCAACGGCACCAGAGUACAGGAACUAGUCCCUGAUGUGCCCACACCGUCCAUCACCAUGGUAAUGAGUACGAGCUAUAUCGUAACACCUACAUCUACAAGUAUGGGACUGGAUGUAUCCCCGAUAGUUUCCAUAGCAAUGAGCACAAGUUACAUCACAACAACACAAGAAAAAAGGCCAUCCAGCUCCAGUAUCACUAUCACAUCGACUCCAGUGACUGCAGUACCAGUAUACUGUGCUGCCGAGACCACUCUAACUACUAUCGGUUUUUUAGAUUGGCCACGUAUACUUGAGGUUACCUUGGCAACAGUCCCCUGUCCGUCCAAUGAGAUCACAGCGGGUUUCCGGCAGUGCUUGAGUGGUGGUGUGUGGGGAAUGGUGAACGAUUCGCCGUGUGGACCUGGGUCACCUGCAGUGCAAGUGCUGGCCAUCAUCACUCAGACAACUAUCACAGUGCAUUCAAGUGCACACAUUUCACAACAGUUGGUGGAUGGUCUGACCUCUGACCUUACACUGACAUCACGAGAGUUGGGCGCCCUUGCUGAGGUUGCUAGGCAACUCGUAGACGUGUCCGUUGGCAAUGUGGAGACUCUCAACAACACUCUGGCUGUAUUAAACACUGUUCUACUGACCAGCUCUGAACAACUGACAACAUCAACCUCUCAACAACUCCGCUCUCUGAUAGACACUGUUCUGUUGAGAGCUCUCUCAACUAACCAUACUCACCUCCUUCUGACGUACUCACACCUUGCAGUGGGCGGGGCCUAUAUCCCAGCGUCCAAUCAGAGUAGCCUGUUGGCAUUCAUACGGUUACAGAACACAUCAAUAGGGCUUGAGAUUGGAGGGGAGGGUGCAGAUUCACCUGAUGUUACCGUGACAAUAGAUGGCGGAGAAGGGGGUGUUCAGGUUACAGUGUACGAAGGUGACGAUCUCUUCAAUCAAUCAAAUUGCAGCAAUGCCACUGGAAAGUUGGGGGGAAUUAUCCUGACCCCUAUCAUCAGUGUGAGUAACGAGAAUCCAGCGGUCAAUGAAGUGGUGACGAUAUCCUAUAGUCAUGUGACCACCUCUCAGGGACACACUACCAUCUGUGUACGAUGGACACCUCUCAAUUGUGGUGGUGGUGUGUGGUCUAGUGUGAACUGUGCUCUGGUAACUUCCAGUACUGGCCAGUUGCAGUGCAGAUGCUUGCAUGCUGGAACUUAUGCCGUCUUGGAUGUACCUGUUGUUGCUAUGCCGACUGAUGACCAGUUUACAAUGGUUUCUCAAAUUAUCUUCCACUUAUUCUUGUCUCUGCCGCUGCUUCUCUAUCUGACAUUGGCAAUCACUAUUUUGGCUACAGGGACCCUCCGUUCCCUGCCGGUGAUGCAAUGUGUGUGUCUCCUCUCUCUCUCUCAAGGCCUCUCCACUCUAGUUCUACAACUGACCCUCCCUCAACCACCAGCUCUCUGCUAUACACUAGCUGGGCUCACACACUACACAGCACUAGUCACUCUGAGUCUAAUGGUAGUCUAUCCAGUGCUGAAAGUACUAAAGGUCUACAAGAUGAUCUGGUAUGAGAAGCGAUGGCUCAUUGCACCAUUCGCUGCAGUGGCUCUGAUGUGGCCAGCUAUUCCUGUGGGGGUAUACUCUGGUCUGAGGCACUCUGACUGGCCACAAGCACCGGAGCUGUGUUGGUUUGAGUGGGUUUCAUUUCCAAACACAUUCACGUACAUAUCUGGAGCAACGGCGGUGAUUGUCAUAGUGACGACGUCAGUGACCCUUGUCCUUUUGGCGUGCAGUGACUACACUCUCCAAGCGUCCAUCUAUCUUGAGAUCAUCUCAUCACUCGUCAACUGUGCCCUCUACUGUGGCACACUCACUGCUCAAUUCUUUACUGCUUCAUCUUCUCAGUUCUCUGGUGUUAGCCGAGAUCAGUUGCUAUUGGUAACAGGCGCCCUGGGGUUACUGAGUGGAAUGUACCUGUUCCUAAGUUACGGACUGGCCCAGUCCAGAGUACGCAGUGCUAUGAGGUGUAGGGAGGACCCUCUCAUUAGGAGCAAGAUUAACCACUACUCUAACACAUCUCAGAUUGACUCUGGGUUCAACAGUCGUUCCUCUCCAACAGCCACUCGCAAUCGACGACCUCCCGUCAGACUCACAGACGAACUCAACAUCAACUAUGUCGAUGACUAUCUCAGCCAUAACCAUGGCAACAAUCCAGUUCCCUUGGCGAUGCUGGGUGUUGUGGGGGAAGGUGGUCGUGUGAGUGGGCGCCAGAGUCAGCUGUUCUCUAACAACCCUCUCUACAAUCACAUCAACCUCUCACAACAACUAUGAAAUUUGUGUCUGGACUGCACAACUACUUUUACCUAUAGGCGUAUACUGCACUGACUCUUGACGUUUGAUAUAAUUUUUGAUGAAAAAAAUGUGGGUAAUUAAAUUUAA